AGAGGUUGAAGGGAGAGGGCAAGGCAAAGGCAGUAGCCAUCACAGAAAUCCCAAGAAGAAGAAAGAAGCAAAACCCUUUCAUCAUGGGAGCAGAAGCCUUGCCCAGGAAUGAAGAUGUUGCUCCAGCUGCUGCUUCUUCUCAUCCUCUCAUACUGGGUCUCCAGCCUGCUGCUCUCAUAGACCAUGUGGCCCGUGUUGAUUUGUCCUUGCUGCAUCAAGUCCCCGGUGAACCCGGCGGCUCCAUACCCGUUGCAAUUCAAGACCUUCAGCAAAUUUUAGGAGAGGUUAAAACUCAUAUGCUUACUUCCCCUGGUGAGACAUCUCCUAUGUUAACAAUUGCUGGGGGCAGUGUAGCCAAUACCAUUCGGGGUCUUAGUGCAAACUUUGGAGUCUCUUGUGGGAUUAUUGGGGCUUAUGGGGAUGAUGAGGAAGGCCAGUUGUUUGCUAGUAAUAUGGGCUUUAGUGGGGUGAACAUCUCGAAAUUGAGGAGGAAGAAGGGACCGACGGGUCAGUGUGUUUGUUUGGUUGAUGCAUUGGGCAAUCGUACAAUGCGACCUUGCCUGUCAAGUGCUGUGAAAGUUCAGGCUGAUGAAUUGACCAAGGAAGAUUUUAAGGGCUCCAAGUGGCUGGUAAUAAGAUACGGAAAAUUCAAUAUAGAAGUUAUUCAAGAAGCAAUUCAGAUUGCAAAGCAGGAGGGUCUUUAUGUCUCAUUGGAUUUGGCCAGUUUUGAGAUGGUUCGAGACUUCAGACCACCUCUCCUUCAAUUGCUAGAGUCAGGGGACAUAGACCUCUGCUUUGCUAAUGAGGAUGAAGCAAUGGAACUUCUUGGAGGUGAACAAAAUACUGAUCCUGAGGCACCGCUACAAUUCUUGGCUGAACAUUGCAAGUGGGCUGUAGUGACUUUAGGUCGUAAUGGGUGCAUUGCAAAGCAUGGAAAAGAGACUGUCCGGGUUCCAGCCACUGGGGAAGCAAAGGCAGUCGAUGCCACUGGAGCAGGAGACCUCUUUGCCAGUGGGUUUUUGUAUGGACUGGUGAAGGAAUUAUCUUUGGAGGAAUGCUGCAAAAUUGGUGCAUGUAGCGGCGGAUCAGUUGUUCGCUCACUUGGGGGUGAGGUGACCCCAGAGAACCGGAAAUGGAUGUACAAACAAAUGCAGAUCAAGGGCCUCCCUGUUCCUGACAUCCGCAAUUGAUGCCACAAAUUGCAUACAAGUGAAGUGAUUGCUUUUCAAUCAAUCCAUACAAUUUAGUAUCUCAUAUGAGAAAAGAGGCAGCUGUAGUUGCAUUUUGGGGCUAAUUUUAUGAGGACAACCAUUUCUCUACUGAAAUAAGCAACGUAUUAACUGUUCAUUCACUAAGGCUCAUUUAUAUGUCAUUCUGCUGGACAUAACAGUAGAGGCUCAUUUAUAUCUCAUUCUGCUGGACAUAACAGUAGAGACAAUUUAAUUGUAUACGAAAAGAGAUUUUAGGCUUCAUUGCAUUUUACUUGACAUAA